AUGGUCACGUACAAGCAGUAAGCCAGCGUUCAUCCAGACACACCACCCCUCGUAUUUUGUACAACUGACCCCUCUUCUCCCCCUUCCAAAGGGACCUGCCCCCCGCCGGCGGCUUCGAAGCGAUCAAGUACAAGCGCAACCUGCCGACCAAAGGACCGGGCGGAGCGCUGAUCUUUGGUGCCGUCACCGCCAUCUGUGCUUUUGGGUUCUGGAGGGUUGGCUUGGGUAAUUUGGAAAAGAGGUGAGUGGUUGGGCUGGGGUUGGGGUUGGGGUUGGGGUUGGGACCCGGCUAGGAGGCGAUCGGCGUCAGUGAUCGAUCAGUUCCCAGCGCAGGUCGUAGCGCACAGCUGCAGUAGGAAUCGUCCAGCUCCAACAACGGAACUGAAACUAAUUAUCGUCCCCAUGCUCACAUCAGGGAACUACAACGCGAAAAAGUCUGGGCACGAAUCCACCUCGUGCCCCUCCUGUUGGCCGAAGCCGACCGCGACAUCUACCGAAGGGAACACGCCGCUUUGGCCCGAGAGAAGGAGAUCAUGAAGGACGUGCCGGGUUGGGAGGUGCGUUCUGGAGAGGAUAAAUUGAUGGUCAUGGGGCUGGGGCUGGUGCACGCAGCUCGUGUGGUGAUGGAGCGCGGCCUAGGGCAGCCUGAGCGGAACUCAUUCGCUGAUCCCCCCUCGUCCCCGAUCGCACAGGUGGGCAAGUCCGUCUACCACAGCAAACGAUACACCCCACCAAGUAUCGUCGUUAUCUGA